AGAAAAAAGAAAAAAACCCUAGUUUUGAUUUACACAGGUUUUCAAGUUCUCAGUUUCACAACUCUCUCUCUUGAAAAAUCUCUCAUCUACUACGAACCGCUCUCUCUCCUCUCAUAUUACAAAAACGACCCUCUUCAAAAUUUCAAAUAAAACCCCGCCAAAAACUUCCUUUACCGAAACCCCCUCUCCCUCCCUUUUUUUUUUUUUUUUUCAAAUUUCCUCUCUCUCUCUCUCUCUCUCUCUCUGAUUCUUCCACAGCUCUAAUCCAGAGGCACUUCUCUCCCGCAUGGAAGACGACCACCCCACGGACUCGCAUAAGAGGGCGAGGCUAGAUUCAGGCGGCGGAGAUCUGAAGAGAGUCGCGGAGAUCGUGAUGGUCCUGUCGGCAAUGGGCAAGAUGCGGGCUGGCCGCGGCCCGUCCGCCGUGGAGAAGGGGCUGAUGGCGGAGGCGAGGGAGAAGCUGGCGGCGAUGUGCGAGUCGUCCGCAGUGGCCCCGAAGGAUCUCGUGACACGGGACGCGGUUAGGGUUCUGGUCGAAGACUUGGGGCUGAACCGCUCGAGGGAUGUGAUGAGGUUCGGGUUCCGCGCCCCGAAGAUGUCGAUUUCAGAGAAGUUUUCAUUCGUGAAGAGGAAGAUGGAAGAAUCCAAUGAAUUUGCUGCUCAAUCUGCUGCAUAUUCAUCUCAACCCCUGCAAGUGAGCUCCAGUGCAAACUUUGACAGCCAUGCAUCUUCAUGUAAUGCAGGUGCAACUCAUAUUCCUCCACCAGACAAACCGAGUUCUAUGCCCCUGUCUGCUGGAGGCUUUCAGCCUACUUCACCUCUAGUAUUUGUUCCUGCAUUAGCUCCUGCAUCAUCAAUGAACCAGUCACAAGUCAUGGAAAUGCCGCCAGCUUUUGUGCUCAUGCCAUUUUUUGGCAGCCCAGCACAAAGUGAUUCUUCUUCUUUGCAACUGGCUCGAACGGAAGCAGCACAUUUCAGAUUGGACGCACGCCCAGCUUAUUUAUCACAAGCUCAAGCAAAUUAUUCUGGCAAUCACUUGCUUGAGAAUGCUUCAACCUCUUCCGUGACAGUAGCUCAAGUUGGUCAAGCAACUAAUGUGCCAGAUCAUACUCCAACGGCUGAGGUAGCUCAGGAAGUUACUGCCUUUCAAUCAGUUCCUCAGGGUGUACAAGAUCAACUAUCUGCUGUUCAAACUGCAUCUGGAAAUCUACAGACGGUGCAUCAACCUAUGCAGGGAAUGAAUUUUGAGCAAGCUCAUUCACUUUACACUAACCACAAUGAAAUUGCUAGAAAUGUUCAGAAGAUAGUGCAACCAAAGCGUCGUGACAAUUCUAACUGGACUCCUCCAACUGAUUACAUGAGCAAAGCUUUAACUUGCCAAAUGUGCAAGGUUUCUGUCCAUGAUGUCGAAAGUUUACUUGUUUGUGAUGCUUGUGAAAAAGGAGUCCACUUGAAAUGCCUUCAGUCAUACUAUCAAAAAGGCAUUCCUGCAGGUGAUUGGCAUUGCCCCAAGUGCUUGUUGGCAAGCAACGGGAAACCCUUGCCCAAGAAAUACGGUCCUGUUUGCAGGAGUAUUAGUGCGUCAAAGGUAUCUUCAAACAAAAAUGGGGCUCAUUCUUCUGUGGAGAAGAGAGCGGAAAAUCCUGACCAAAAGGUUAAUCACCAGAAAAUAAUGCCGAAUGGUAACCCUGGUUUGGCGAAUCCUGCCCAUGUUGCCAGCACAGGAAAUAGCCACAUCGAGCCUUCUCCAGAUACGAAGAUGCCAAUUGCAAGAGAAGUGCAAGGUGCAGAUUGCUCAGUAAGUAGAUCGAAAAUGGGUGAUCGGUCUUAUACUGAAACAUGCAUGGAUUUCCCAAAGGAAAGGGAAGGGGUAGCUUUUGGUCUCGCUGAAACACCACACAAAAGUGCUCCUCAGCACAUUCAAAAUGGUGAAUCAUUUCCACAUGAGAUGGAGAAAUCAACAUCUGCACCUAUGUCUUUGCCAAAGGCGGAAUCAGAAAGCUCCUUUCCUGAUCAACAGUCUGAUACUGGUGUUGGUAACUUGCAUCAGUCUCAAGCCUUGCAUCGCUCACGAGAGGGUGUCAAAACGCGUUCUCAAACCUCUUCUAAAGCUUCUGCAAAUCAAAUGCAUGAAAUUGGCAAGCAUGCUUUCGAGGGGUUAAAAAGACCAGCUGAUCCAAGAGAGGUUUUCCAAUGUAAUCUGGGGAGUGAUAUUAAUUGGAAGGACCGACAUGUUGAUCAGGCAAUUCCCAAUGGGACCUUGGACAAUGGGAAUUCAGCCAGAGAUUGCAGCAUAUCCUCGUCGGAUGGCUUGCAUAGUGUGGAUUGGGUUGGUGACAUACUUCGGGUGGAGGAUGAGAGGGCAUAUUACUCGUCUUGUUGCAUCAAUGGAGCUGUGUACAAGCUCCAAGAUUAUGCUCUUAUUCGUUCAAGCAAUCAAAAUCCUUCCCCUUCAAAGCUUCUGGCUUUGUGGGAGGACAAAGAAACUGGGUCAAAGUGGGCUACUGCGAACCGGUGCUAUUUCCCCGCUGAUCUACCAGAGAUUGUUGGCAGACCAUGUGUCCCUGAAAACAGUGAGGUAUAUGAAUCAAAUCAUGGUAGAAAUAUAUCGGUUGGCUUAAUUCAUGGACCAUGUGAAGUUCAUCCUCCGGACAGGUUUAAGGAAGAAAUGGAGAUGAGAACUCAAACAGGGGGCGGAACAAACUAUGGAUUACAUCCAGUUUUCAUGUGCAGAUGGUUUUUUGAUGAAUCCAAAGGCCUCUUCCAACCUAUUACUGAUUAAUCCAGUGCAUGUACAUAUUUGAGCACCAUAUUCGAGGAUCGAUUGGAAGGCAAUUGUACAGUGGUUCCUGAGACCAGGGCAUGUGUGCAGUGGGGCCUGCCUUAAGAAUGCCCGGGAUCUCACACGUUUGCAUGGGAGGAUUCUUGCAUGGUUUUCCUUUUUUAUUUCUCCCAAAAUAUCAAGGAGGAUGUCGUGGAGUAUUGGGAAUCUUCCCUUUUGUUUUAUGAAAGCACGUACUGCUGCAGGUGGGCCCCUGGAAGAUGCAAGGUCAAUUCCUUCCCAUGUACACUAUGUAGCUCUACUCCAAAAGAUCACAUCCUUCAAUUCCUCAAUAGUAAUUGUAAUUUUCACCCCUUUUGUCCCACUGAUGUUGUAUAAAUAUUACCUUCAAUCGAUUAUCUGAAAGGGUC